AUGGCCCCCGCACACUUUCGCAUACCACAGCCACGCCCGUCCAAGGUGUAUCCGGCCUAUGCACAGCCGCAGCUGAUGCUGCAACCUGCUGCAACACGACUGAAGAUUCCAGAACGGUUCAAGACUCUCAGUGAUACUUCCGACUUCCCUUUCUCACAGAACGGCCAAUGGUGCAGAUCGUUGUCUUGCGGUGAUGACGUGACUCUGGCCAGAGACUUCAACCUCGUCAUUAAGACGAAGGACGAGAACAAUUGCGGCACGGGCCGAGAUGUCCAUGCUACCCUAGACGGAGUGACGGCGGAUGGAAGCGAGGUCUCCAAUAGCCAGCAGAGAAUGGCCACGAAAAAGUACGACGACUUCAAAAGGGGCGACAGGCAGACCUACGCGUAUCGGUCCAGCGAGAGGAUGCGGCCGAGCCAGAUCUGCUUGAAGCUUGACAUCGGCGGUGCAAGCCCUCGCUGGUGCGUCGAGUACGUGAGAGUCCUGAAUGGAGAUGUUUCGGGCUCCCCACAGAUUGGUGAGGAUGUCACAGGAUGGGUGGAUUUCGACCAGGUCAACGACAAGCAGUGCCUCAACCUUCAGUUCCAGUGA